AAAAUCUACGUGAUAUAAAGUCUUAAUGAUUUCUUAUCAUAAAUUCUGUUAUCAAUUUUCAAGUUUGAAUAAUCAAUUUCUGAUUAAGAAUGGAUGAAAUAUAAUCCAUUUCCUUCCUGUUUACAUUUCAUCAAUUUCAAUUACUUCGUAACGGUGUGUAAUAAUUUGCAAAAAGAUUAGGAGGAUUUUGUCAAGUCUCGUUUCGUCUGAUUAACACUAUCGCACACCUGAAAAAUAUUUUGUCACUGAAGUAGUCUCGCUCGGCGAACCAAAAUUUAAACGAAACACGCGUUUCAUUUACAAAAGGUAGAGAAAGAACGUCUGAACUUGAAUUUCUGUUUCCAAAUCAACAUGAAUGUUUUCAGAGAAAAUUAUAAGUGAUGUUAAGUAACGACAGUAGGUGAAAAUGGAGUUGGACAAUAAAUUAGCAACUUAUCUCUGAACAGGUACAGUUACGAGUCUAUAUAGAAGACUUGAAACCAAGUUCCUCGAUCAUUCAUCUUUGGAUAUCGUGGAAGAUGAUACGCGCAUUAAUUUCGGUGCUUUUAGCAAGUCUGUCGAUUGUCUCGGUCUUACCUCAAGUGAUGUCAUAUGCGAAAGUGUCGAAAAAUGGUCAAGAGGAACCGGAAACAAGGAACGAUCAGUGGAUCGUCAGUAAUGGAUCGGAAAACGGAGGUAGGAGCAUCAAGAACAUCGCGAUCACUAUGUCACCAGUGUAUAUUUCACCGAAAGUGCAGAACCUGAAGAAUGGCGAAGCGAUUAAUUAUUUCCCUGGUGGAAGAUACUCGACAUUAGAUCAUGAAUUAAUAGCGCAAUUGAACUCAAAGAAACAGAUUCAAGAUAGAUACCAUCCAGGACCAAUUAAUAAUUUCAAAUCCAAAGAUCCACCGAACAACGUGAAGGAAAACUCGAAACCUGCGAGUCGUCCGAGUGAUCCACCGACCGGUCCAUCAAUCGGUCCAUCGUCUUCGGAUAUGUUCGACUUUUCUAAGCCAACAUUUUCAGAGACCUACGACUACAAACCACCGGAUUAUAUGAGCAGUAAGCCGAUUUCAAAGCCGCCGGAUUACCUUAGUGACAAACCGAUCUCGAAGCCGAUGUCAAUGGACGAUUACGCAGAUUCUGAGAUAAGUGACAUGCCACCAGAUUCCAAGAAACCGGAUUCCUAUUUCGCGUCCCACAAUCACGAGUCCUCCGAUUACACCGAUUAUUCGCCUGACACGUCUUACAACAAUGACGCAGCACCGAAACCGAUCGAGUAUUCCGGUCAUCUGGAUCAUCCUCCCUUUGACAACGACGAUGACCAUUCUUACGGUCAUCAUCAUCACGACUUCCAUCACGAGGUGAUCUACGAUCACAUUCCUGAACACCACGAGCACAUAGAGGCAGCAGAAGAAAUGAACGAUCAGAGGCUGAACAAGAAGCCAUACUCGUAUUAUUACAUAGGCAAAAAGCUUUGGUACAUUCCACUGUACUUUAGCAUUUAUUUUAUCAUCUACAUCGCGGCGCUGGUGUUGAAGAGUAUCGCCAGGCACAAGAUCACGUUCCCCGCGCAUUUGGCGGAUGCUGUGGAUCAUCAUCAUCAUGCGAGGACGUACAGCGAUUUCAGCUGGUGGGAUUUUGGAGAGCAAGUGUUGCGAGGUAUCGAAAGUUUCGCAGAGAAAUACGGAAAGAUUUCUUAGAGGUUUUUCUUUUUUUCUUUUUUUAAUCAAUUUGUUAAGAGUGAGGUUGAAGACAGAUCAGUGAGUUUGCGAGACAUGUAAGGAAUAUUUGAAUCGUUGAUAUUUUUAAAUCAAGUCCAUCGCCAAUUUUUGGAAGAAUUUUAAAGAAAUUCACAUACGUUUGUUCGAGAUCAAUUGAUCUAUCAAUCCGUUCCAUCUUUGACUGACAGACUUUUUUGAAAAAUGAAAUCUAGCAAUGAUAGUGCUCUCUGCAUCGACACAUCAAUCGAAAUGAAGUAACACGUAAUAUAAGAGGAUACGGAAAAAAUUAAUUCUGAACGAAUGACAGUACCUACAUAUUUUUUAUAAAAUUUGCAAGAUAAUAAUUAAGUUGUUCGUAUUAUACCAAUAAGCAAGAACGUAAUAUAGAUUUUAUGAGGCUUAAGUUGUAAAACGCUGAAUGUAAUUUCACAGUACAAGCAACAAAUUUUGUACGUGUAAGUAUUAUUUUAUAAGUAAGUCUUUUGUAAAUAUUAAAAAUCCUUCUGAUAUACUAUUUAUUUGAAAAUUACAGCGCAUUAAAUUACAGUGCACUUUAACUUUGAAUGAAUGACCUGUAAAUGCAAUAAAAGUCUACAAAAAAAUAAUUUUUUGCUAACGAUCCAUUUGAUCAAAUCCCUCGAAGGAAGGAAAUACAAGAAAACAAUACUUGAUUAUGUAAAAAUUAUCGUGGAUCAUCAGUGUAUUAAAUUAAACUUACUAAU